CAGUCCUCUCCUUUCAUCUCUCCUCUCCUCCACCACUCCUUGUCAGCAACUCCUUCCACCAGUAACACUCCUGGUCCUCCUGUAUUCGUUCCUCGCGAGCGAGUUGCAGCGUUUGCUUGUACUGUACCGCCGCGCACUCCAUUGAGGUCUCGGAUUAGGUCACGGGUUUGUGCUCGCAUUCGUCGAGCUAUGCCGACGCUACUUGCGCCGCUCGAAAGCGAGUCACGCAUCUCAAUACGCGUUAUAGCAUUUUUAGUUAUACUCUACAUUGAAGAACUUUCUGAGCUUUCAUCAGAUUUCUAGUAUCUCGGAACGCCGUAGUCGUGUGUCACCUUUGUUCGCGGCUCCAACACGUUUCAAAGCCUAUCCUCGCCGUAACGCUCUUCGUUUCUAAUAAUGGUCCUAUCCGGAAACGAAUGCGCUUGUAACGCAGCUGCUGAAUCGCCAGUUUGCGUACCCGCCGCCCCAGCCACUACGACCCCCAAUCCUGCCGCUGCCAUCGGAUUUCCCCCCAUCGCGAAUGCCGCUGGUUCCGCCGAUGGGCGGAGUCCGCAACGCCUUCGCCUGGCGGUGAGCGGAGCAGAAGGGGGAGCGGGAAGGGGGACGGACGGGGGAGUGAAUGCCAAUGUGGAGGCGCGGGCGGCAAGGGAAGGGAAGUUGUGGGGGCGCGGAAAGGGGUGGGCGGGAAGAAGCGCGAGCGGGGACCUGGGCGGAGGCGCAAUUACCGCCAUUGGCGGGGCGGAGAGCCCGCCUGAGGGGGUGACAGGCCCGCUGACCUACCAUGGGGAAGGGGGGGGGGUCGAUAAGCGGAGCCCUUGGGGGGGGAGGCGCGGGGUCGGGGACGGGGUGGGGGACGAGGAAAAGGGGGGCAGAAGGGGCGCGAUCGCUCCGCUGCCGCGGCAAGGGCGGAAGGGGAGAAGGCGGAGCGGAGGGUUUGAUAGCGCAGAUAUGGCGGACGACGGGGGGACGCCUAUGGGCAUGUUCCGCUCUAGCUCCACCACCGGCGCUACCACCCCCACAAGGGGGGGUCUAGUCCGCACUAACACCGGCACCGGCGCUACUACCCCGCGGGAGGGGCUGUUCGGCUUCCGCGCAGGCGCGCGGCGGUUGUAUGAAGCGCGCAAGCAGCAGGCGCAAGUUAAGGCGCAGCAGCAGGUGAAUGCGCCGACAGGGCGGAUGAUGCUGCUCCGCCACGCGUCUGUCCCUUCUGGGGGCGUGGAACACGGGCAGCAGCAGCGGCAGGUGAAACUGCAGGUGAAACGGCAACAGAUGGGGGGGAGCGGGCCAGGUGAUUUGUCAGGUGGGGUGCCGUCGAUGGGGCGAGACGUGUGGGAGGCGGCAGAGAAGAACCAGCUGGGGAGGUGGGGGGGGAGUGGAAAGGGGGAGAGGGGGGAGGGGAGCGGCGGAGAGGAGGCGGAGACGGGGGGGUUUGGCGGGGAGAGAGAGAGUGAGAGUGGGCGGGGUAUAGGUAAUGCGACGAGGGAUAUGAUAGUGUUGAGGGGGCUGAGAGGGGUGGAGUGGGAAGAGAUAGGUAAGGCCGAGGACAGCGAGGAGAGUGAAGAGAGUGAAGAGGAGGAGGAAGAAGGGGAGGAGGAAGGGGAGGAAGGGGAGGAAGGGGAGGAAGGGGAGGAAGGGGAGGAAGGGGAGGAAGGGGAGGAAGGGGAGGAAGGGGAGGAAGGGGAGGAAGGGGAGGAAGGGGAGGAAGGGGAGGAAGGGGAGGAAGGGGAGGAAGGGGAGGAAGGGGAGGAAGAGAGGGGAAUCGCAGUGGGGAGCAGAGGAGGUGGCGCGGAGACAGCCUCUGACAUCUCUCGAGCACGAAGUGAAGAGAGUGCGGGGAGUGCAAGGAGUGCAGGGAGUGAAGGGAGAGUAGCGCACGAGGAGGCUUCGUGGCCCUUUGAGAAGGAACGAGAUGGGCAUGCGUGCGAGGCUGAGAGUGAGGUGGAAAAGGAUGAGUGGGCUGAGCGGCGGAGUGGGGGGGGGAAGGAGUGCUUGGAGAGGUGUGCCAUUGUGGGUGAGGGGAGAGAAGAGAGGGCAAGGGAAGGAGGAGAAGAGAGGGCAAGGGAGGGAGGGGAAGAGAGGGCAAGGGAGGGAGGGGAAGAGAGGGCAAGGGAGGGAGGGGAAGAGAGGGCAAGGGAGGGAGGGGAAGAGAGGGCAAGGGAGGGAGGGGAAGAGAGGGCAAGGGAGGGAGGGGAAGAGAGUGGUGGGGAGAGAAUGGAAGCAGGACGAAGGGGGGGGCCUUGGCUUCGCAAAGAAAGAAGAGGGGCAGGGGGCGGAUCAGAGGCAGGAAGAGAAUGUGUGGAGGUCCAAAGAGGCAAUGGGGACGGCGAUGGGGGUGCGAGUGUUGGAGCAGCAGCAGCAGCAUCAGCAGAAUUACCAGAAACAGGAGAGGGGUUGGGUGGCUGGGAGCUGGGUGGAGAGGGAGGGGGUCCGGCAAUCGGGAGGGAGGGAGAGGCGGCCUUGCAGGGGCAAUCGGCUUCAGCGGAUCAGGAGGACACACGUGAGGAGUCUAUUUUUGAGGCGCCUCAAAAAUACACGCCGAUGGAGCCGACGCUUACCAGGCAGUGUGCUGUAAGGAGAGACUCGUCUGACGCUGGCCCACCUCUUGCCCACUCUGCGUCUGGGUCGUCUCUUGCCCAACCCGUGUCGGUGUCGCCUGAUGCCGCCCCGUCUCUUGCCCACCCCGUGCCCGUGCCGGUGUCACCAGCGUCCGUGCCGGUGUCGCCAGUGUGCGUGUUGGUGCCUUCAUACUCGCGCAAGCCCAUCUCCUCGCGCACUGCUAGGCUGGUCCUCGGUCCGUCGUGCGAGCACCUCGUUGUGCCUUAUUCUGGUGCCUCUCAUAACGAGCUGCCUGCUUCCUCCAUAACUAUUGCCGCUGCUGCUGCUGCUGCUGCUGGUGACCUGGUGACACCGACAAGCACCAGUAGGCGGAGCAAGGCCCUAGAUGCAAGGAAGCAAGGCGGGUGCAGCGCCAAUGCCACCACCAACAGUAGUAGCAGCAGCGCCGUGAGUGCGUCUGAGUCGACUCACACGCACUCGGGCAGUGGGACGAGCUACGAGCCCCUCGGUUCAGAGGGGUUGGGCAACACUGGGACGCAAUACGAGCCCCUGUGGCCGCUGCCCUCUCCCGGGAUCAGGCAGCGGCCCAAGAGCAGCGGGGGAAGGGAAGGCGCGGCAGGCAAACUGGGGCCGGGAUUAGCUGGCAGGCUGAAGCUAUCGUGUGGGAACGAGGAUCGACCUCAGAGCAGGGGGGGGGGGGAACGGGGAGCGGGCGUUGUUGGGCAGGGGUUGGGCGGCAGGCUAAGGCGACGGCCUGAGAUCAAGGAUUCUUUGGUAGUGACGCCUCAAGAGGAGGCGCUGGUAGUGGCGGUUCGACCGCAGCCUAGAAGGAAGGCUAGCAGGAGUCGGAGCAGUGGCGGUAGUAGGUGUUAUGUGCAUGGUGAUGGUGGUAUUGGCAGUGGUGAUGGUGGUAUUGGCAGUGGUGAUGGCAGUGGUGGUGGUGAUGGGGAUGGCGUUGGCCCUGCUGCCGAUGCUGCUGACAGCAGGGAGUCUGAUGCUGUGGCUGUGCUUGCUAAUGACUCUCGUGAUGGUGAUGAUGGCAAUGGUGGUGGUGGUGGUGGUGGUGGUGGUGGUGGUGGUGGUGGUGGUGAUGGUGCUGCUGCUGCUGCUGGUGCAUGUGGGGGCAUUGGCAGCCCUGUCGCUACAGCAGGCGUGGCUACAGCAGGCGUGGAUGCAGCAGGCAUGGCUACAGCAGGCGUGGGUGCAGCAGGCGUGGCUAAAGCAGGCGUGGCUACAGCAGGCGUGGCUACAGCAGGCGUGGCUACAGCAGGAGUGGCUACAGCAGGCGUAGCUACAGCAGGCGUGGCUACAGCAGGCGUGGCUACAGCAGGCGUGGCUACAGCAGGCGUGGCUACAGCAGGCGUGGCUACAGCAGGCGUGGCUACAGCAGGCGUGGCUACAGCAGGCGUGGCUACAGCAGGAGUGGCUACAGCAGGCGUAGCUACAGCAGGCGUGGCUACAGCAGGCGUGGCUACAGCAGGCGUGGCUACAGCAGGCGUGGCUACAGCUUCAGCUGAACAUUGCCUGGAGGCGCCUCCAGCGGGGGCAAUGCAGAACGCCCCUAGUGAGACAGAAGCACAAGGCGCCACUAGACUUCCCACACCUGCACCGCCUCAACCUCCUCUUUCUCCUCCUCUUCACCCUCCUUCACCUCCUGCUAUUGUCACACCUCUGCCACUGAGCGUCAACCCACCUCCGGAUACAGUCACACUCGCUGCUGGAACCUCCACUGCUGUUGAAUUCCCCACGGCUGUCGAAUCCCCCAAUGCUGUUGAAGCUCCAACGCACGCCACAUGCAAUCCCACUGCUACGCCUGCUGCUGUUGCUGCGCUGCCUGCUGAAGUUUCUUCUGCAGUACCUGAGGGUUCACCUGAUGUCCCUGAGGGUUCACCUGAUGUCCCUGAGGGUUCACCUGAUGUCCCUGAGGGUUCACCUGAUGUCCCUGAGGGUUCACCUGAUGUCCCUGAGGUUUUACCUGCAGUACCUGAAGAUUUACCUGACGUACCUGGGGGUUCAUCUGAUGUACCUGAGGGUUCACCUGGAGCACCUGAAGGUUCGUCUGCAGCGCCUGAGUGCUCACCUGAUACCACUGAAGCUUCUGUUAGUUCCGAUGAUGUUCCUCAUGCUCCUGCUGCUGCUACAGCUGCUGCCACUGCCCCAGCUUCUGCUACAGCUGCUGCUGCUGCUCCUACUCUUUCUCCUUCUCCUGCAACUGCGACUGCUGUUGAUGCAGCUGUUGUUGCUGCUCCUGCUCUUGCCCCUGCCCCUUCUCCUACUCUCCCUUCCUCUCCCCAUCCUGCUCCCCCUCCCACACCUCCUGAUCCCGCUCCUGUGCCCACCACCUCUCUCCCCCCAGCCAAGCCGCCUAUCACUCCCACACACCCCUUUAGAGGGCCAGCUCCAGUGGGCGACCGGCCGGCCACAUCGCCCUUCCCCAGGUGGUCCCUCCCCUGGAAGGCUGCUGCGCGGGAGCAGCCAGGCCAGCAGGUGGCGGGGGGAGGUGGCAGGGGCGGCAUUCCGCGUUCCCUCUCCGACCAUCAGCCAGCAACGCUGGAGGCCACAGCAGGUGCAGCAACAGGAGCAGGGGCAGCAGGCAGGGCGGGGGGGGGAGGAGGAGAGGGUGGCGGUGCGUCAGAGCAGCUGCGUGCGUCCGUGAGUGAGGGCAACCUGUUCACACGGCGCCGCAGCUCUCACCGCCUGCUCCCGGCGCGCCACCGCACGCUGCUCUCUCCCCGCCACUUCCUCCGCAAACUCUCCUCCUCCUCCUUCCCCUCCGCCCUCUCCUCGGGCAAAUCCUCUGGCUUUUCUUCGGGGUUUUCUUCAGGGUUCCCCUCCUGGAAGAGUGUAAACUGGCGGCAGGCACCGGAGGAGGGCCUCUCAAUGGUCCCCUCGGAUAAUCCCAAGGAUGUGUGGGAGGCGGCGGAGCGCAACCAGCUGGGGAAAUGGCUGGAGCGGGGGAAAAGCUUUCGGCGGGGCGGCAAAAUGGGGCUGAGCAGGGGUCUGAGCUUCCGGGCCAUGAGUGGUCGGUGGGGCACGAGUGCUCAGGAGAGAGCGGGUGAGAGGGAGGGGGGGCUGGCAGCAGGAGGGGGCGGAGAUAGUACGCCUGCUGUUGCUGGGGGGGGUCGAGGUGAGGGAGGUUAUGGCUCUGCAAUGGGUGGGUUGCAUGGCUGGAGGCACACUGUGGACGGCGCUGGGCCUGCUUUUGGCGAGCCAGGCGAGGCUGCUUGUAUGGAGGAUGGGGGCCGGGUGCGGAGGAUCAGCCGAGGUGCGGUGCGGUUUGCGAGGAGCAGCAGUAGCGACGACGCCACUCAGGCACGGCCUUUCAGAGGCAGUGGGGGGCAGGCACUUGCACGGACUAGCAGCAGCAGCAGCGAUGGCGCUUCCCACGUGUUGCCUUGCAGUAGCAGUGGGCAGGCGUACACGAGAAGCAGCAGCAAGCGGAGAGCAUGGGGGUUCAGGUCAUGGGGCAGCGGGCACGGGCAUGACAACCUCCCUGGAGGUUUUGAGGCGGCCCAGAGCGUACCCGUGGUGGGGGGAGAGAGGAAGGACUCCGGCCAGAAAGACAUUUGCAAGGGGAGGAGCACGAGCAGCAGCGGCAAUGGUGACUGGCUUACACCGGCCGACUCGUCAUGUGGCAGUUUUGGGGAUCAUCCCGAGGCUUCAGGUGAAAGGCCAGGUGAAUCCUCAGGUGGCGGCGUGCUGUGGAAUCCGUACAGUGCUGAGGGCAGGCUGGAAGAAAUGCCAAAAUUUGUUUCGGUGCCCGAGAAAUAUGGGGCGGAGGAGGGGGGGGAGGCAGGGGAAGGGGAGGGGGAGUAUCUGGGGGUGGCUUGGAGCUGCCCUUUGGUGCUGGGGGACGUGGCGAGAGGAAUGCAACCGGAGCACCAGGGGGACCAGCAGGGAGACCACGGCCAGAAGCAGCAGCAGCAGCAAGGCUUGUCGGGAAAUGGGCAAGAGGCGGGCGAGGAGGCAGUAGCAGGGGCGAGAAUGGGGACCGUGACUGAGGGGGAACCCCUGGAGUGCCAUGACGGGGGACUGGAAGUGCAUGGUGGUGGUGGGGAGGCAGGGACGGAGAUCAUCCUGCCGAAGUCCGUGGUGCGGUUUCAGCAGACGGGGAGAAAGGCCGCCGCCGCCUCGCUUAUUGCGUUGAAGCCGUUCUGGCAGCGUGUGCAGCAGCAGAAGGCAACGCAGGGAGAGUCGCCGCACAAGGUGUAGAUACGUGUUUGACGAGCAUAUGGCAGUAGCAUGUGAAAGGAAACAAACGAUUGCAACUUAUUUGUUUCCUUAUCCCGGGUUUUAGUUAGUAAGGCGUACGUACGUACACUGUUAUAACGGGGUUGCCACGCAGCUCUGCCAAGAAAUUCAAAUCGCGGCACAUCUCCUGAUGAACCGCAUGCGGUUUGCCCACCUUGCAGUUUCAUGCCUGGAUGUGUGCGCUCCGCGCCAAUUUACAAACCACAUGUCUUAGCUCUGCCAAGCCUUGGGACCUUGUGCUCCAGGCCUAGCUAUAUCUAGUCCCCCUUUUGUUUUGAUGUUGCCUCAUCGUCCCCCUUUUGUUUUGAUG